ACCUUGCUUCCUCUGUUUACGUGGUAACCAAUAACCCAUCAUAUCAAAGCUUUAUAUCAUGGGCUGAUAAAAAUGGUGUUCCGAGAUCAAAUAUUGCAAAUGAUAAAAUGACUACUUAUACCAUUCCUAAGAAUGAAAUUAGUAAAUAUGGUAUCUUAACAAUUAAUAAUUUAAAUGAUAACGGUCUAUUCGAAAUAACGGAUUUUUCUGAGAAACCGAAUCCAGAGUCUACAAAUUCCCGUAAUGCUUGUCCAUGUUUUUAUUUUCUAAAGCGUGAAGCUUUGCCUUUAAUAGAAGAAUUUCUUAAAGAUAUUGAAUUAAAGGGUGCUAAGCUUGAAGAUAAAGACGCUACAGGAAAAUUUUUGGCUUGG